AUCGUCAUCUUCACACUCCACAACUUCUCAUAGACACAGACACACACACACUCCACAGUCACAAUGAAACCCAUAAUCCCUCUGGCCCUGUACCUCUUGCUCAAUUUUUUAGUGUUGUGUGCAGCGGCGGACCAUGAAUCUUCAAGCAGCACCAGCACCAGCACCACCAUACUCUUCGCCACGCUUGGCGGAAGAUCAGCCAACGCCUUUGAUGUCUUCGCGCUCCCAACGUGGGACCCACCUUCAAUCACCGCCGAAAUCAGAAUCACCGAUGGUCGAUCUCUCAAUUUCAACGGCCACUUCCCUUCCUCCUCUCUCUUCUCUCUCUUAACCAACCAAUCCCUCGUCCAGACCCGAUCCGAACCGAUUCCAACCGAACUCAUCUACGUCACGGAGCGAAACGGCACGUGGAACAUCUACUACGACGCCGUUUUUCGCAACACUCCGCGAAGCACCAGAUCCCGGUCGGCACUUGAAGACGAAGAAGAAGAAAACCUCGUACGUUUUCAACUCCCUCUGUUGGGUUCGAUGCAAAGCAACAAUCAGAUUUCGAUGAAAGAUAAGCCCAGUUUGAGUGGGGACUAUUUGGUCUACGUGUCCACUCACGAGGACACGGGUGAGCCGAGGACGAGUUGGGCCGCGGUGUACUCGACCGAGUUGAGAACCGGGUUAACUCGCAGGUUGACACCUCUUGGAAUCGCCGAUUUUAGUCCCGCGGUGUCUCCGUCUGGGGUUUGGACAGCCGUGGCUUCGUAUGGAGAGGAAGGUUGGAAUGGUGAUGUGGAGGAACUCAGUACGGAUAUCUAUGUUUUCUUGACUCGGGAUGGGACUCAGCGAGUCAAGGUUGUUGAACACGGUGGGUGGCCGUGCUGGGUCGACGAGUCUACUCUGUAUUUUCACAGGAGGGGUAGUGAUAAUUGGUGGAGUAUUUACAGGGCGAUUUUGCCGAGUGAGGGUUUGGUUUCUACUGAGUCGGUUGUGGUUGAGCGAGUCACCCCACCGGGUCUCCACGCGUUCACACCAGCCGCGUCACCAGGGAACAAGAACUUCAUCGCUGUGGCUACGAGAAGAUCCACCUCGAAAUUCCGUCACAUAGAGCUUUUCGACCUGGCUAAGAACGAGUUCAAGGAGCUAACUCGGCUCGUGUCACCCCAGACUCACCACUUCAACCCGUUCUUCUCGUCCGAUUCGAACCGAGUCGGGUACCACAGGUGUAGAGGCGAAUCGAAUGGAAGAAAAAACACACAGCUGUUGCUUGAGAAUCUCCAAAGCCCAGUGGCUGACGUGUCACUCUUUAGAAUGGACGGUUCCUUCCCUUCUUUCUCACCCGCAGGUGACCGUAUCGCUUACGUGGAAUUUCCGGGCGUUUACGUCGUGAACCGGGACGGUUCGAACCGGCGUCAAGUUUAUCCCGAUUCAGCAUUCUCGACCGUGUGGGACCAGGUGCGCAAAGGGGUUAUAUACACCAGCACGGGCCCUACUUUUGCUGAGCCCACCACUGAGGUUGAUGUAAUUUCUAUCAAUGUUGAUGAUGAUGAUCUCAACGGCCAACCAAAGUUCAAAAGGUUAACUACCAAUGGGGAAAACAAUGCCUUUCCUUUCCCUUCACCCGAUGGUAAAUGGGUCGUGUUUCGUUCGGGUCGAUCGGGUUACAAGAACCUUUAUAUUAUGGACGCUGUGGAUGGGGAGAGAGCUGGGCUCCAAAGGUUAACUGAGGGUCCAUGGAGUGACACGAUGUGUAGUUGGUCACCGGAUGGUGAUUGGAUCGCUUUUGCAUCGGAUCGGGAAAACCCGGGAAGUGGGAGUUUCGAGCUAUAUUUGAUCCACCCGAACAGGACCGGGUUGAGGAAAUUGUUUCAAAGCGGGUCGGGUGGGCGGGCGAACCACCCGACUUUUAGUCCGGAUGGGAAAAGUGUAGUGUUUACUUCAGACUAUGCUGGCAUAUCAGCUGAGCCAAUCUCAAACCCACAUCAUUACCAGCCGUACGGUGAGAUCUUCACAAUGAAAUUGGACGGCUCUGAUUUGAAGAGAUUGACACAUAAUUCGUUCGAGAAUGGGACACCGACGUGGGGUCAUAGGUAUAUUAAGCCACUUGAUGUGGAAUGGUUAAAGGGUGGGCCACGGUGCUCGUUUGAGGAUUGUCACUGGCUCAAUCAGACGCCUAAUCAAAAUCAUGGUGAUGUCUCAUCCAAGCCUCAAUGUCGUGCAUAAAUGUUUUUGUGGUUUUAUGUUAAUUAGUAUAUUUUAUAAGCAAGAGUAAUAUGUAUUGUGUCUGUGUGACUAUAGUAGUACUAGUGACUAGUGAUUAAUUCACCAAUGUUAGUAGGUGUGCUCCUUUGGUGCUUUUUGUACAAAAUAUUAAUGAUGAUAUGAAAAUAAUAACCACGAAAACAAGGAGGCAUUAAGCUAA